AUGACAAUAAUAGACUUCAUAGACGUGAUUGAUGAUAUCAUUGACUUGAGCAGUGACGAGGAGAAUGUUGAACAGGAUGAAAUCCCGACUCAGCCCCCGGCUACGAUGCUUGAUAGGCAGGAGGUGUUUGUCGAAGCUGGUGAUGGAAGGCAAGAGGCUGCCGAGUCCAGAGAUACUAUCCAAGCUACCACAUGGUCCAUGUUUAUGGAGGAAGGGCCUCUUGAUACAACUGCAAAACAGAAUUGCACUUCAAUGACAGUACCACUCCCAAGCCCCGCUUUGGCCGCUCCGGAGGCUCAUCCCUCAUCACAGCCAGACCAGACUGAAGAAUGGUCCUCUACUCGGUCCAGAGAUACUAUGACAGGUACCACUGCAACACCGUUCUCGGUUGCAGAGAAAGGGCCUCUUGAUGCCACUGCAACACAGAAUUUUCCUCCAACAUCAGUGCCAUUCCCAAGUCCCACUUUCACGACUCCGAAGGGUCUGACAUUUGAAGGAGAUAAUGGAAGGCUGCUGAGGAUGUAUGGGAGACGUCCUAGGAAGAAGAAGAACUACCAUACCGAAAUCCCUAGGAGAAGUCCUAGGUUCGAAGAUAAGCAUAAGUGUAACAAAAAGCUGUUGUAG